UUUGUCAAAAGUAUCAUGUUGUGCCGAGAAUUUAAACUGAUACAAAUCCACGAAUAGUUGUCUAUGUCAUUACAGUACGGUAUUUUCUGAAUCGAAGCAUUAGCCCUCCAAAAUUAGCGUAAUCAUGUCGUGUUUGAUCAACCAAUGAUAGCUAGCAUACCACAGUAGCCAUCACAAGCUUAAACUUUGCUUUCGUGACUCAGGUGACAGCCAGCAUGCCGGUUUUAUGAGAGGAAGAUGGGCCAAGAUGCAAGUCUUCCUGGAUACGGGUCAUGGAGAAAAUAGAGAACUCUAUAGAGGGGAAGGGGGGCAGCCCUCUGCUAGAUGAAUCAGGGUCUGCAUUGAACAACAGCCAUGUGAGAAGGGAUGGUAAAGCAGUUGGAUUUGUGUUGGUGCAUGCAGGGGCAGGAUAUCACUCAGAAUCCAAAGCCAAGGAAUAUAAACAUGUCUGCAAGAGGGCUUGUCUGAGGGCAGUGGACAAACUAAAGGCGGGUGCCAAGGCAGUGGAAGCAGUGACUGCUGCUCUUAUAGAGUUAGAGGAUUCUCCCUUCACCAAUGCGGGGACAGGUUCAAACCUGAAUCUGUCUGGGGAGAUUGAAUGUGAUGCCAGUAUCAUGGAUGGGAAGUCUUUGCAUUAUGGAGCUGUCGGUGCUUUAAGUGGCAUAAAGAACCCAGUGCUGGUUGCUAGAAGACUGCUCAGUGAAGCGCAGAAAGGAAAACUGUCGGCUGGGAGGAUCCCGCCCUGUUUUUUAGUAGGGAGAGGAGCACAGCAGUGGGCUGAAAACCAUGGCAUACCACCCUGCCCCUCAGAGAAGAUGGCCACCAAGUUCAGUUUGUCAGCAUACAAAAGGAACAAACGAAAGAUGGAGCUGGCAGAGAAAGUAGAGACGGAACAGAUUCAAGCAAAGAAGAGGAGACAACUGAAUGAACACGAGAGCGGCUUGGAAAAUUUGGGCACGGUCAGAGAGAUCGUUGUGGAUCUUGGAGACAAUGACUCGGCCUGCCUGGACACGGUCGGGGCAAUCGUGGUGGAUCAGGAGGGAAACGUGGCAGCCGCAGUUUCCAGUGGAGGUUUGGCCAUGAAGCAUCCCGGUCGAGUGGGUCAGGCUGCCCAUUAUGGUUGUGGCUGUUGGGCACAGAAUGCCUGUAACAUCAGUCCUUACUCCACAGCUGUGAGUACCUCAGGCUGUGGGGAGCACCUGAUCCGUACCAUGCUAGCCCGAGAGUGCUCGACGGCCAUGCAGUCUGAGAAUGCUCACCAAGCCCUGCUGGAGGUCAUGCAGAGCCAGUUCAUCAGCUCACCAUUUUUGGCCAGUGAGGACUGUGUGCUUGGUGGAGUUAUUGUUUUGCGAUGCUGCAGGUGUGUGGAUACCCAGAGCUCUCCAAACCUCCAGGCAUUACUGGUGGAGUUCCUGUGGAGCCAUACUACAGAGAGUAUGUGUGUAGGGUACAUGUCUGCCCAGGACAGCAAAGCCAAGACCCAUAUUUCCAGACUGCCUCCUGGAGCGGUUGCAGGACAGUCAUUGGCAAUUGAAGGAGGUGUUUGUCGACUCGGGAGUAUAAGUGACUGACACACACACACACACACACACACACUUACACACACGACCUUUGGAGCAAUAUUUACUGCAAUGUUAACUCUGCCUGAUGUAGUUUACGCAGUCCUGAUAAGCUUUAGCUGUGUAACAGUUCCAGAGAAAGGGGACAGUGGUAAAAAAUACAUUAACGUUGAUGCCUGCUGAACGCACUACUCAACGUUCCUCUGCUGUUCUACAGACUGACUGUGCCCUUCUCCCCUUAAUCUCUUAGCAGUCCUAAACUUCCAGUGUCACCUGGACAAGACUUGAUGCUUUCAUGCCUUUGUGUCUUUAAUCUAUAUGCACCGUCCUCUCUAAUGUA